UUGCUGUUAGCAGCAAGAUGGCGGCUUCCAUCCCAGCGCACGGCGCCGCUCCGCACAUUUGAAAGAAGCCACCGCGUUUGCCCGACGAGUGCUCUUUCGCCCGCCCGCACGCAGCCACCUGGGCCGGGUCUGGAUGUGUUCGUCGGUUUUGUUUCGCUCCAGUGAGCCUGCCGCGGUUGUUUGUGUUCACUUCCUGACCGCGCCAUCCUCCACCCCCCCCCAGUUCACCGGCACAAAAUGGCGGACUGGCCGCAGCCCUCGCUAUGCUAGGCAACCGUAGAAGCAGCACCAGCGAGACAAAAACCGACUGAAGGGAAGUUUUCCGCGGCGGGGUUGAAUUCGCCGAAAUAAUUCGCUAACAUUAGCGCCGGCGAAUUGCGUUUUAACAACACCGCCUCUCGUCGAAUUAGCCGGGCUAGCUAGCAGGCUAAUGCUAAGCUAGUCGCGGACGGAGCCUCUUUGUGGUCUCCCGCCAACACGGAUUGUUAGUGCUGGACUUGGUCGGGGAGGAAACAUGGAAGUCCAGCCUGCGGUGCUUCAGCCCCGCUGGAAGCGCGUCCUGGGCUGGAGCGGCCCUGUGCCGCGGCCCCGCCACGGCCACCGGGCCGUGGCUAUCAAGGAGCUGAUGGUGGUGUUCGGCGGCGGCAACGAGGGCAUCGUGGACGAGCUGCACGUCUACAACACAGCUACCAACCAGUGGUUCAUACCCGCGGUGCGAGGCGACGUCCCGCCCGGUUGCGCCGCCUACGGCUUUGUGUGUGACGGCACCAGGCUGCUGGUGUUUGGAGGAAUGGUGGAAUAUGGAAAAUACAGCAACGACUUGUACGAGUUGCAGGCCAGUCGCUGGGAGUGGAAGCGUCUGAAAGCGAAAGCUCCGAAGAACAACCCGCUGCCCUGCCCCCGCCUCGGCCACAGCUUCUCUCUGAUCGGAAGCCGCUGCUUCUUGUUUGGAGGACUGGCCAAUGACAGCGAGGACCCCAAGAACAACAUUCCGAGGUAUCUGAAUGACCUGUACUGUUUGGAGCUGCGUCAGGGCUCCAGCGUGGUCAGCUGGGACCUUCCGGUGACGUCCGGCCAGCCGCCGCCGCCCAGGGAGAGUCAUACGGCGGUGGUGGCCAGCGGGCGCGGCGGAAACCGUCUGGUCAUCUACGGCGGGAUGAGCGGCUGUCGGCUGGGUGACCUGUGGAUGCUCGACAUCGACUCACUAGUCUGGAGCAAACCCACGCUCAGUGGGACCGCCCCGCUCCCCCGCAGCCUGCACUCCGCCACCGCCGUCCAUAACAAAAUGUUCGUAUUUGGAGGGUGGGUUCCUCUGGUGAUGGACGACGUCAAAGUGGCGACGCACGAGAAGGAGUGGAAGUGCACCAACACACUGGCUUGCCUCAACCUAGACACGCUGUGCUGGGAGACGGUGCAGAUGGACAGCAUAGAGGAAAACAUCCCUCGGGCCCGCGCGGGCCACUGCAGCGUGGCCAUCAACUCCAGAGUUUACAUCUGGAGCGGGCGAGACGGCUACAGGAAGGCUUGGAACAACCAGGUGUGCUGCAAGGACCUGUGGUACCUGGAGACACAGCGUCCCAGCGCUCCGUCGCGGGUGCAGCUGGUGCGGGCCAACACGUCGUCUCUGGAGGUGAGCUGGGGGCCGUCGCAGACCGCCGACACCUACCUGCUGCAGAUACAGAAGUACGACAUUCCUACCCCGCCUGCGGCAAGCUCGGCCAGCACCGCCGCCACCGCCACUGCCGGCGCCAUCUCGCCCAAGAGCCCCGCCCCUGUCGCAGCCAGUCCUACUAACAAAACCCCCCAGUUGUCUGGCAUCACGCUGGUCCCCUCCCCCACAGCAGCCGCAUCUGCCAACCCGUUGGCAGCUAGCGCAAAAGGCCCAGCGGUCCUCAAGUUAGCCACACAAGGAGCAGUGGGGGGCGCCUCCAUCGUCACGGUGCGCCAGGCCGCGCCCAAGUCCCCUGUCGCCGUGACCACACUGCCUGCAGGUGUUCGCAUGGUGGUGCCCGCGCAGGUGGGACAAACCACACCGAUAGGCAGCAGUUCACAGAUGAGCGGCAUGGCGGCGCUGGCGGCGGCGGCUGCAGCCACCCGCAAGAUCCCCCCCGCCACGACCACCGUGCUCAACAUGCCAGCGGGGGCCACCAUGGUCAAGACCAUGGCGGUCAGUCCGGGAUCUGUUAGCCUUCCCGUCACCAUGGUCGGCAACUCGGCGACUCGCAUCCUGAAAACGGCCGCUGCUCAGGUGGGCGGGGCAACUGUUGUCUCCGCCUCUGGCACGCCCGGCCGACCAAUCAUCACGGUGCACAAGUCCGGAACGGUGACCGUCUCCCCUCAGACCCAGGUGGUCACCACAGUGGUGGGCGGCGUCACCAAGACCUACACGCUGGUGAACAGCCCGCUGGGGAUGGGAGCGGGCGGCACUCUCAUCAGCAACCUGGGCAAGGUGAUGUCGGUGAUGCAGACCAAACCUGCGCAUACCGUCACGGUCGCCGGUCAGAGCGCGGGCAGCUCGGUUGCUCAGAUCCUGCAGGCGAAGGGUGCCCUCCCUGCUGGGACCAUCCUGAAGUUGGUGACCUCUGCAGACGGCAAACAGACCACUGUGCUCAGCAGCCCACAGGCCGGCUCCAUGGUCACCAAACCUGGUACCACCAUCAUCAAGACCAUCCCCAUGUCGGCACUGCAGGGGGCAGCAGGUGGCAACUGUCCAAUCACCAUCCUCACUACCAAGGUGAUGACGCCUGGCACCGCAGGAAAAAUAAUCACCACGGUCCCCAAAAUCUCCGCAGGCCAACCGGGCAUCACACAGGUGGUGUUGAAAGGGGCUCCAGGGACGGCAGGUACCAUCCUCAGGACUGUCCCGAAGGCCGGAGUCAGACUAGUGACGCCGGGCGUCACUGGAGCCAAGCCAGCCAUCACCACGUUGGUUGUCAAGGCGACAACAGGUGUGUCCAGUCUGGGAACAAUAACUGGAAGUGUGUCUAACACGGUGGCGGGCGCAGCCUCCAACAUUAAUGCCUCGCUGGCCACGCCCAUCACCACUCUGGCCACCAUCGCCACACUCGCCGGCCAGGUCACCACAUCGACAGUUGCAGCUUCCGGACCCAAGCAGGUGACUCUGAUCACCACCCCGAGCGGCGCCGAAUCCCAGCCACUAGUCCAGGAUUUGCCCGUCGCAAUCAUGGCCUCUCCUACGUCAGAAGAACCGGGAACUAUGACAAGUACGCUAACCAGCAGCAGUGCGGAGGCCGAGACGGAAGACGCCGCAGCCACUGUGACCCUGGUCUGCUCCAACCCGCCCUGUGAGACCCACGAGACCGGCACCACUAACACCGCCACGGUGGCAACGGCUGGCACAGGUCAAGUACUAAAGGUAUGUUCCAACCCCCCCUGCGAGACCCACGAGACCGGAACCACCAACACCGCCACUGUGGUGUCGGCGAGCAUGAGUCAAGUGCAGCAGAUAUGCUCCAACCCCCCCUGCGAGACCCACGAGACCGGGACCACCAACACCGCCACUGUGGUGUCAGCGGGCAUGAGUCAAAUGCAGCAGGUGAGUGGCGUAGGAGGUCGAGUGACGCUCAGCUGGUAGUAAGCACAAGGAGGUGGCGGAGCUUUUUGAACACUGACCCUCUUUUUUCAGGUGUGCUCCAAUCCGCCGUGCGAGACCCACGAGACCGGAACCACCAACACUGCCACCACAGCAGGAGCAGGGGGGCUGACACAGGUGUGUUCCAAUCCGCCGUGCGAGACCCACGAGACCGGAACCACCAACACCGCCACCACAGCAGGAGCAAGGGGGCUGACACAGGUGUGCUCCAAUCCGCCCUGCGAGACCCAUGAGACCGGAACCACCAACACCGCCACUACGGCCACAGCUCAGCAGGGUGGCGACAUUGCACAGGGAGACUCCACAGACCCCGACCCCACUUCCUCCUCCUCCUCCUCCUCUGAGCCAGCCUCCUCUGCCGCCAUUAGCCAGGGCCGAGCCGUUACCAUGGUUACGCAAGCCACGCCCACACCUGGACCUGCGGUACCUGCAAUCUCAUCAUUGGUGAAGGCUGAGGGAGACAGCGUCGCCAUGGUUAUGGCUGCCGCAGAGGAGCCCAUGCAAACGGACAGCCAAUCAGAGGAUGUGAUGUCCUCAUCAGCGACGUUGUUGCAGGGCAGCGAGGCUGCACAGAUGGCGUCCACGGACACACCUCCCCAGGAGCUGAUGUCCUCAGAAGUGGACGGCGGAGAGAUGGACUCCGGAACGACGACACUGAUGGUGACAGCCGAUCAGCUGGCUGUUUCAGCGGCAUCAGACGAAGUUCAGCGUGCAACUAUUCAGGCCGUCCUGCAGGCGGCGGGACACCUCGGUGACGCUGAUUCGGAGCAGGCCAUUCCCAUCGUGUUGACCCAGCAGGAGCUCGCCGCUCUAGUCCAACAGCAGCAGCAGUUGCAGGAUGUACAAGGCCAAGCGGAGGAGGAGGCAGAGCCUGGCGCUGUGCCCACAGAGGGCCUGGCCCCGGCAGACAGCCUCAACGACCCAAUGGCGGAGAGCAACGGUCCCGAUGUGACGUCGUCGGCCGUGACCAGCGCCGUAGCCCGAUUGGCCAGCACCUUUGGCCCCGCCCCUCCCCUGACGCCCAGCGCCGCAAAAACCGUAGCCUCCGCCACGCUCAGCGACGUGUCCAAUGGCAUAGGAGCCAACGUGGCGAAGCACGGAGUCCUGGAGACCAAGGGGUCCGCCGCCGAGAACCAGUGGUUUGACGUGGGGAUUGUCAGGGUGACCAACAUGGUGGUCUCUCACUACUACGUACCUGACAAGGGCAUCACCAUCAACCACGACUCGGGCGUGGCGCCGGACUACAACCAGAUGAGGAAGGUGGAGCUGCAGCCGGGGACGGCGUACAAGUUCCGAGUGGCCGGCAUCAACAUCUGCGGCCGCGGGACCUUCUCCGAGGUGUCUGCGUUUAAAACAUGUCUGCCCGGUUUCCCGGGAGCGCCGUGUGCCAUCAAGAUCAGCAAGAAUGUGAACGGAGCUCAGCUCACCUGGGAGCCCCCCGCCAUCACGUCGGGCAAGAUCACCGAGUACUCCGUGUACCUGGCCAUCCAGUCCAGCCAGGCCACCGCUGCCUCGGGGUCCGGCCCGGCCCAGCUGGCCUUCAUGAGGGUGUACUGUGGCCCCAACCCGUCCUGCCUGGUCCACACGCCCAGCCUGACCAACGCCCACAUCGACCACACCACCAAGCCCGCCAUCAUCUUCCGCAUCGCCGCACGCAACCAGAAGGGCUACGGGCCGGCCACGCAGGUCCGGUGGCUUCAAGAAACCAGCAAAGACGCCAAAGGAGCUGCCAAGCGAGCGGCCGCCUCUCCUGAAGUUAAACCAGGCGGACCAAAGAAGUUCCGAGGCAGCCAAUCAGAGGACUCCAUGCUGUCCUGAGGACUGUAAUUGGUUGUCUUGACAACAAAACUUGUAGAAUAUUUGUACAUUCAUCACAACAUUUUUUUGUUUGCUCAUCACGGAGACCAUGGCAGUUCGCCUUCAGACGAACUAAAUUACGUUGAAAUCUGACAUGAAAAGUCUGCAGGGGGCGGAGCUUCUGCAGUCGUGAAGUUUAAAUUAUUAUUUUUUUUCCAGUAGCAACAAAAUAUUCAAAAGUAUUUAGCUUUUCUUUUUUUAUAUAUAUAAAAGUAUGUCAGAAAACAUUUCUACUGAGGUUUUUGUUUUGUUUCUGUUGGCGUUUGAUUAUGAUGAUGAUGAAGCAGGAAGUCUGUGCGUCACAGGAAUUGAUGAAUUGAUUGUUGACAUGUUGUAUGUGAAUAUUCUGACAAUAAAGAUUUUUAGAUCAUUUUUAA